AUGGAUCUCUUCUCCGCCGAUUCCGAAAACUUCGGCCUGAUCAUCAACACGGAGAAGACGGGAGUUAUGCAUCAACCGUCACUCGACGCUGCCUAUUUCGCACUCCAAAUCAACGUGAACGGAACCCAACUGCAAGUCGUGGACAACUACACCUACCCACACAGCACCCUCUAUCGCAACACCAAAAUCGAUGAUGAAGUAUCCCGCCGGAUUUCCAAGGCUAGCCUAACCUUUGGCCGUCUGCAGAACACCGUCUGCAACCGUCACGGUCUCCAUCUCAGUACAAAACUGAAGAUGUACAAGGUCGUCUUCCUGCCGAGGCUGUUGUAUGAAGCGGAUACCUGGACGGUCUACAAGAAGCAGGCGCGGAGAUUCAGUCCCUUCCACCUCAGCUGUCUUCGACGGAGAAUGAAGCUAAGAUGGCAGGACCGGAUCCCCGACACUGACAUACUGGAGCGGACAGGAAUUCUCGGUAUAAACUCCAUGCUGAAAUAA